AUGCCUUCGUCUAUUGCCAGAGAAAUGUUUUGGGCUGUUGGUGCUGCCGCCUACACAGGGCUCUGUGCUGGGUGCUUGGCACGGCUGCCGUCGUCAUCUCCUGCUGCUGGUUCUCCAGGGUUGUCGGCACAGCUGCUGCAGUCCGUUGUUCUGGAAACUGAGGAGGCUAGCCAUCACUAAACCUUUUAGGGUGGGCACUUGUGGGUUGCUGAUAAGCCGCCGCUGCCACUGCCGUUUCUUCAGGACACUCAUGGGUCUUGAAUCCACAUCCACACUGGAAAUUUAAAUGGCAUUAGAGAAUAUUUCUUGCAAGAAAUGACCAUGAAAGUCUAAUCCACUGAUGCUUAUACUUUUCUACCUCGGCUUAGGAAUCUAUUAGAAUUAAUUAGUUGUAAAAUUAACUGAUCAUAUACUAAAGCAUGUGCAUAUGCAAGUUCACGGUUACUAAUUAUAUCUGAUAUGUUUAAAUAAUGUGAGAAUUUUUUAUUAAUUAAAGGUGGCUAAACGAAUGUUGAUCUAUCCUGGCCUAACUUUUUUUUUUAGUAGGUUGCAUGGAUUCUAUCAGGACGAUAGAUCAUGCAUAUAUCUAUAUAUAUAGCCCUGGUGAGUAUUUGUUCCUAUCCGUUCUGGAUUCUUGAGUUGUACCUCAAUAGACAAAGAAUGGUGGGGAUUCUGGUGGAAUGUUGCAGCAACCAUUGCAUGCACACACUAGUGAGUAGCCCCCUCACCUUGCCAUUUUGCAUUGCCUAGUCGGUUUCACAUUGCAGCAAUAAACAUCAUCGCUUGCGAUGUUUCACCACUUUUGUGUCACUUCUGCAAGACUCCUUGCAUAUGAUGCUAAGGGCCCCUCUUUGUGAGAGACAUAUUAGGGAGCUUUAACAACAUGAGAACCAUUCCAACACAUGCUAUUUGUGUGCUCUCCACAUGAUGCCGCUGCUUGUGCUCUCCACAGAUUGCAAUCUGUUACGAAGCCAACCGUCGUCUACACAAGAUGACCUAGACCCCCACAUUAAGAGAGGACCACGACAGAAUAAUGUAUUGAAGCCUAUAAAUAUAGAAGAGGCUGAAAUAAGAAGGGGGUGGAGAAAAUAAAGAGUAGAGAGGGAGAUCUGUCCCUGGAGAGGUUCGAUUCAGGCUCUCUUGUUCUUGAGGAUCGAUCCGACCUCAAGAACUCAGCUUACUAUCUAUGAACCUCUAUUGUCUUUUCAAUUUCCAUUUUCAAUUGUUCAAUCUGAUUCUUCUAUACACAAAGAGUUGAUUCCCUACGUGAGCCUCAUCUAAGGUAAGACUAGGGUGAAGAUUUCACCACAAAUCUUGAGAGGUUCGUAACACUAGUAUCAGAGGAGACAUCUUGGUCUUUUUUUGCGAGAACUCAGAGAAAUUACAGCAAGUGCAAGAUUACGAGAGCAAGAUUACAAGAGCAAGAUUCUAUUUGGGCCAUAAUAAGGAUCAAAUUAGCAAGGCUGAAGCAAAAAUUCUUUCCAAGUUCAAACUACAACAAAUUCAAGAAACGAAAGUAAUUCUCACAACAAAUUCGUUUGACCGUAAUUCCAUACAGUCAGAAUGUUGGAAGAGACUGGUAGAUCUACGGCAAGAAGAAUGAUCAUCUAGUAUGAUCUAGAACCUAUCUUGAUCGGCGGAUGCUCACUAGGUCAAAGGCAUAUCAAAAGGAGAGGUUGCAUCUCUAAAGUAGGGUUAUGCUAAGCAAGAACAAUUCUUAAUCGAGCAAAGAGAAAUCCUCAACCAGAUUCUUCAAAAAUUAUCCACAAGGGAUCUAGAUAAAUCAAGAGAGGUACCAAUGCAACCUUAUAAUGGUCCAAGAGAGGUAUCAAUGCAACCUUAUAAUGGCACCACUCAUUCAAGUCAAGCCUCACAAGAUGGCCAAACAUAGAUAAAUCAAAUAAUAGAAUUACUAAUUUUCUAAGGAGAUAGUCCUGAGGGAUGGAUUAGGUGGGCUGAGAAAUAUUUUUGCCUAAACCCUAUGUCAAAGCAGGACAAACUCAAGUAAAUUAUGUUGAGUAUGGAGGGAGAAACUCUAGAAUCAUAUCUCUAGAUGGAAGACAAGUUUCCAUUCUAAGAUUGGCGUGACUUCAAGAGUCAAUUGGGGAAACAUUCAAGACAUAUGAGAUGGAGAGUCUACUGUGACAACUAAUGAGCUUACAACAAGUCACAUCAAUAAGAGAAUAUAGUGCUGGAUUUGAAUGAAUUGCAGCCUUUCUACCUCAUAUAAACACAGAAGUAUUAGAAGAUGCAUACAUGAGGGGCUUGAAACCAUAUAUCAGAUCAGAAUUGGGAAUGCAUAAGCCCUUGGGACUUAUAUCAAUCCAAGUUGAGAUUCAUCUUCGAGAAAUCUGAAUAAGUAGAAAUGAAUUAUUUGGAAAACAAGUGAUUACAAAGCUUGAACCACCUCAACCUCGUUAUAACUAUUACAGAAGAGAAUUCUAGAAUAUAAAUAAUAGAGGUAAUUAUAGGAAUGAUUAUCAGGAUUCAGCUGAAGGCACAUCAAAUGGAAAUUAUAGCAAGAUACUCAACUUGAUAGAUCAGAAAUUUCAGAAUAGAAGAGAUAAGGGGUUAUGCCACUAUUGCAAUGAAAAAUUUGCGCUAGGACAUCGUUGUAAAAAGGAGUUAAAUAUUAUUAUUGUGGAUGAAGUGCAGAAGAUGACAACAUUGAUGAAGGAUGAGAACUGUUUGAUCAGGCCAUAUCCAUCAUGGAAGAGAAGGCUUUCACUGCACACAUGUCUUUAAAUUCAGUCAUGGGAAUUACUCAACAAGGGACUAUAAAAUUAUGGGGCAAAAUUGAUGACACCGAGGUGUCAAUACUCAUUAAUAGUGAGGCAACUCACAAUUUCUUGUGCACCAAAAUAAUUGAUAACUUAUCCUUACAAAAGGAGAAGUUAAAUGACUAUAACAUAGUUAUGGGCAACGGCAACAUAAUGGCAGGUGCAACAAUUUACAAGGUUAUUCCUCUUUAGACGCAAGGUGUUUUGAUAGUACAAUUUUUUUUACCACUAGAGUUGAGUGGCACAGAUGUGAUCUAGGCAUACAAUGGUUGAGAACUUUAGGGUGGAUCCUUUCCAACUAUGAGAAGUUUAUAAUGAGGGUCAUGAUGAGAAGCAAAAUUCACAUCUUCAAAUGAGACCUUAGUAGUACAAAAACAUCACCAAGAAGAGUAGAGAAGGGACUUAAGAGUAGCAAGGCAUAUAUGGUUGAACUACAUCAUAUUCACUCAUAUAGAGACCCUAAUGCACCCAACAAUUUAGAAAUUAGUUUGAAACAAGAAUUUCCCAAGGUUUUUGAAGUAUUGACAUGAAUGCCACUUGAGUGUCCUGUUGACCAUGCCAUACAUCUAUUACUAGGAACAAAACCUAUUAACUUGAGGUCUUAUAAAUACUCUCAUUUCUAGAAAAAUAAAAUUGAGACACUUGUCCAAGAACUCAUAUCAAUAGAGGCCAUACAACCUUCACACAAUCUUUAAGUAAGCCCUGCACUAUUAGUCAAGAAGAUAGAUGGUAGAUGGAGAUUUUGUGUAGAUUAUAGAGCAUUGAAUGAGCUAAGAUUUCUGAUUGUUACCUCAUUCUAGUUGUAGAUGAGUUGCUAGAUGAACUAUAUGGAAAAUUAAUUUUUUCAGAACUAGAUUUAAAAUCAAGAUAUUAUCAAAUCAUAAUGAAAAAAAAAGAUGUACUUAAGAAUACAUUCAAGACUCAUCAUGACCAUUAUGAAUUUAAAGUAAUGCCUUUCGGAUUAUCAAAUGCACCUACAACCUUUUAAUCGCUAAUGAACCAAAUAUUUCAAUGUCAAUUGAGGCAAUUCAUACUAGUUUUGUUUGAUGAUAUAUGAUGUGACUCAGUCGUUGUAUAUUAAAUCACGCAAAUAUAAAAUUUAUAAAACUAGAAAAUACGAAUUUUUGGAUAUUUAGAAGUAUUUCUAAAUAAAUAUAUCAAUUAUAAUUCAAUUAAACUUCCAAAAAUAGUAGUAAUUUUCCAGUUCGAUCACAAGGAUGUAAUAUAAUAUCUAGUAAUUAUUCAGAAUUUUUCUCAAUGAAUACGAUUUUCUAUGAAUUUUAUAAUAGGAAAUAAAAAGAAAAUAUAUUUAAAAUUCACAAAAAAGGAAAAUAAAGGCGCGGACGUCAGGAUGACGUCAGCGCCCGGCGAACGCGAAUCGGGCGGAAACAGAGUUCCGCCCGGUGAUUCUUACGUAAGUGAUUACAGACGAUUUAAUUGAUCAAAUUAAGAUCUAUAAAAGCCGGAAGAAUCGUAAUAGAACAAAGUAUAUUUUGGUAAAUUAAAAACACAAAAAUUAUCACUAAAUGAAGCAUAAAGUAAAUUGAAAGCAGGAAAACAGAGUUUCGGCGUCGCGACGGCGAUGCGUCGGCGAUGCACCGGAAUCCUGAGCGUUCGGGAGGAUCGUUGUGCAGUGUCUAUGGCCUCGAAGGCUCUCCUUGGACAAAGACGAUGUGGACAAUCUCUAGAUCUUCUCGCGAAGUCUAGAGAUCAAUGAAGUGGGUCGUCGAAUCGUCUCCGGCGGCUGUCACCCGGCGGAGCAGAAAAACGGCGACUUUGCGGCUCUCCAGCGACUAUCACCCGACAGAGAGGAGCUGGAUGGAGGUGGGGCGCGUGUUAGGGAGCUUCAUCCUCAGGUCCAUGCAGCAAGAGGAGGCUCUUCAUCGCAUCUGGUAUGCUCUCAAGAGGUGGCAACUCAUCUCCCGGCAGAUCGUCCUCUUCCCGACGACGGCUUGUUCGUCGAUCAAUCAAAGAUGAUUUACUCGAUGGAUUCGCGAUCCUUUUAUCGCGAAUCGUUCAGCAAUUUUAGUAGCAAUGCUCUGCGAAUCGCGUUGACGAGAUUUUCACCGAUGAUUUAGCAAUUCUUGUUGCUUAAUCCUUCACCGGCGAUCUGCAGGAAAGUCGUGAUAAUCAGAUAAAAAUAUAUGAAUUUUGACUUUGGGAGGAUUCAAACCUGCGCCGGUUGCCCACCUGUGAGGAAGGUGUGAUGCGGGUUUAGUCCCACAUUGGUUGUGCACCGAUUUUUUGGGCGAAUAUAUAGUAAUGUUAGCUUUGUAAGCAAAGUCCCUUCUCUCGCGUGUACGACCACUCCUUGCCCCACAGCCGGCUGGCCACCGGUGACGUGGAAGGGGAGUGGCGCACACGUGCCCCUAUCGGUCCAAGCUAAGCCGCUCGAGCCCCUGCUCGCAGCUACUCCCCGACUGCGCUUCCGACCUGCUUGCGGGCCCAGUUGGCCGGCGAGUCCCCCCAUUUUGCAAUAUUUUUAUUUUUAUUUCUUGUUCUUCAUUUAUCUCAAAAGUAAGACUAUAAAAAUCGUAUAAAAUCACAUAAUUACCCAAAAAUUCACGUUAAUCAACUAAAAACCACAAAUCAUUCUUUAACACAAAUAUAAGUCUAUUUAUCAUGAGUUAAGGCUAAAACUAUAUUAUUUACUAAUUAUUAACUCAUGAUAAUGAAGACUUAUCACACCCCCCAACUUAAAUCAUUACUAGUCCCUUAGCAAUAGAAUUACGAAAAUAAAAUUUAACAAAUCUCAAACAUCAUAUUUCAAUACAGAAAAAAAAUACAAUUAGAAAUGAUGCACCUUUAAACACUUUGGAUUCUUAUAUCAAGUAUUUAAAAAUGAUGUCAAGCACUUAAAUGUUUAAACACUCCUUGGAAUAACAAUCUAGACUUCACUUCUUCUAUUCACAUCUUUAUCACUUCUUCACUCAUAGAUGUAUUUACAAGAUGUUCCAAUUAUCAAUACUCAUCCAAGAAUAAUAUUGAUCUUACAUUUUCCUUUUUCUAUGACUUGAUUUUUGAAGUUUGCACUAUAUUUCUUCCUUCUUUUUAUUUUUAUUUUUUAUAUAUACAGUGGAUAAGUAGCUUUUCCUGUAGACAAAUUUCGACAAUAAGAAUGAUGUCUCACACCCUCCAUGUGUACUCUUCAUUUUCAGGGCUUUCACUUUAUCCAUUUAUUUUUCAGCAAGUGUUUUUCUAUGCACGAUUUUCGACAAUGAGAAUGAUGUCUCACACCCUCCAUGUGUACUCUUUGUUUCUAGAUUUUUCAUAUUGCUCUCUCUUUUUUUUUUCGAAAUAAGUGAUUUCUCCUCACAAGUCCUAUAGAUCAGGGUGCAAAAAUAUCCAUUAAACUCAAAUGAUCAAUCAAAUUUUCACAUCAAGUAAAUACUAUCCAUCAAGAUCAUGAAGUGAAAAUCUGUAAAAUCAAAUCCAUGUUAUCUAUCAUGUAUCCAAGGAGUAUUCCAACAUUUCAUGCUACUAGAUCAUUUUUUUGACUCAAUAAUAAUCUUCCUAGUAUCUUUUGAUAUCAAUCAAUCUAAUUGAUUUAAUUUUUCAUGCAUGCAAUAUGAUGUAAGGAAUUUGUAAAUUAGAUAGUUCUGACAGUUCCAUUUUCUGUUUUUAGUUCUAUUUUUAGCAAUAAUAAAUUUGUCAAAAAUAAAUCAAAACUAUCCUCUAUAUAGCUGUAAUUUCGAAUUUCAGUAAUAUAUAUCUAGGGGAUUGAAAUGUGAGAAAAGGGUCUUUUAGAAUUUCAAAUUUCGGGUUGUUUUUUGUCUGUUGUUUUUGACAGUCUGUUGUUUCUGACAGAAAACCAAAAAAUAGAUGUUGUAGUUUUUUCGAAUUUUAUGUUAUUUUUAUUUUUUUAGUUGCUGUUCUAAGUUGAAUAAAAUGCAAACACAUGUUUUUAAUCAUCCUACAGCAUAAAUUAAUAAUGAAUACUUCACCCCUCAACUUAAAAAUGACAUUGUCCUCAAUGACAUAGAAAAAUCGAAACAGAAUAUGCAGAAAAUAUAAUUUUCAAGUGAAGCAUGCACUUAGAAAGACAUCACCUCAACCUCUUUUUUAAUUUUCCACUUCAUCUUACACUCCUCCAGCACUUUUUCGAAAAAAACAAAUACAGAAACAAGUACUGUGAAAUUCUAAGAAAAACAGAGCUUAAAAAAAAUCAAAUAGAAUGAAAUAAAAAUUAUGGGUUGACUCCCAUGCAGCGCUGAAUUUAAUAUCUCUAGCUGGACUCCUUGGUCUUACUCUUGAAUUUCUUUUAAUAAUAAAAUUUCUUUUUCUGCAAGGCGUUCAUAUUCUAUGUAAUGUUUAAGUCGCUGUCCAUUUACCUUAAAGUUAUGAUCACUUUUAGGAUCUUUAAUCAUGACAACCCCAUGAUCAUAUGUCUCUUCCACCGCAUAAGGCCCUUUCCAUUUUGAUUUUAAUUUUCCUGAGAAUAAUUUCAGCCUAGAAUCAUAUAACCACACUUUUUGUCCAACAUCAAAUUUUUUUCUGCUAAUGUAUUUAUCAUGAAAAGUUUUAGUUUUUUCUUUAUAUAUUCUAUGAUUUUCAUAAGCUUCAUUCCUCAACUCCUCUAGUUCAUGUAGCUGAAAAAUUCUAUGCCCACCAACUGAUUUUUCAUCCAUACAUAAAUUUUUUAUAGCCCAUAAUGCUUUAUGCUCUAUUUCCACAGGAAGAUGACAUGGCUUUCCAAAAAUGAGACUAAAUGGGGACAUACUUAUGGGAUUUUUAUAAGCUGUUCUAUAAGCCCAUAAUGCAUCUUGUAAUUUUGUGGGCCAAUCUUUCUUAUCUGGUCUAACUAUUUUUCUCAAAAUUCUCUGAAUUUCCCUAUUUGCUACUUCAGCUUGCCCAUUUGUUUGGGGAUGAUAUGGAGUGGCUACUCUAUAGUGUACUCCAUUCUUUUUCAACAGUUCCCUGAAAUGUUUAUUUGUAAAAUGUGUUCCUCCAUCACUAAUAAUCACUCUAGGACAUCCAAAUCUCGAAAAAAUAUUUUCCUGCACAAAUUUCAUCACGAUUUUAUGAUCAUUAGUUCUAGUAGAAAUAGCUUCCACCCACUUCGACACAUAAUCAACAGCAAGCAAAAUAUAUUCAUAUUUUUCAGUUGAUGGGAAGGGACCCAUGAAAUCUAUUCCCCAUACAUCAAAAAUUUCGACUAUUGACAUGUUACUCAUGGACAUUAUAUCUUUUUUACUCAUGUUACCUAUAGAUUGGCAUGAAAUACAUGUUCUACUAAAUUCUAUAGAAUCUCUAAUGAUUGUAGGCCAAUAAAAACCACACUAAAAAAUUUUUGCAGCUGUUUUUCGUCCAGAGAAAUGUCCUCCACAGUUAGAUGAAUGGCACAUGUUAAUAAUGCUAUGAUAUUCUUCUUCAAGAACACAUCUCCUUAAAAUUUGAUUGUUGCCCAAGUAAUAUAAAUCAGGAUCAUGCCAAAAAUAAUUUCUAAUCUUAGAAAAGAAAUGAUGUUUUCUGUUCUUAUCCCACUGUUCUGGAGUUUUCUAGAAACUAGAAAAUUAACAAUAUGUGCAUACCAUGGUGAUGGUUGAUGUUGAGCUGCCAUCAAUUGUUCAUCUGGAAAUGCGUCUUGUAAAGGUGCUGCAUUUAUUCCUGUAUCACUUAAUCUAGAAAGAUGGUCAGCAACAACAUUCUCGAAACCUUUUUUAUCUUUUAUUUCUAAGUCAAAUUCCUACAACAAUAAAAUCCAUCUUAAUAAACGUGGCUUUGCAUCUUUCUUUUUUAACAGAUAUUUUAAUGCAGCAUGAUCAGUAUAAAUAAUAAUUUUAGCUCCCAAAAUAUAUGAUCUAAACCUUUCUAACGAAAAUACUACAGCUAACAACUCUUUUUCAGUCGUGGUAUAAUUUAAUUGAGCAUCAGAUAUAGUUUUACUAACAUAUGAAAUUACUAUGGGUUUUGACUCUUUUGUUUGUCCUAGAACGACCCCCACUGCAUAAUUCGAUGCAUCACACAUUAUUUCAAAGGAAAGGGACCAAUCAAGAGCUUGUAAAAUAGGUGCCUCAGUAAGUAAUCUUUUUAUUUCGGAAAAAGACUCAAAACAUUUCUCAUCAAAAUUAAAAGGCACAUCUUUAAAUAAUAGCAUGGUGAGAGGUUUAAAAUUUUUUGAAAAAUCCUGAAUAAAUUUUUUGUAAUAACCUACAUGACCCAAGAAAGAUCUAAUCUGUUUUACUGAAUUUAGAGGUUUCAUUUUAGAUAUAAUAUCAAUUUUUGCUCUAUCCACUUCUAAACCCAUUUCACUCACAAUAUGACCCAACACAACUCCCUCUUUAACCAUAAAAUGUGAUUUCUCCUCACUCAAAACUAUUUUUUUCUCUAUGCAUUUCUCAAGUACAUGUUGUAAAUGAUUUAAGCAUUCAUCAAAUGAUUCACCAAAAAUAGAAAAAUCGUCCAUAAAAAUUUCCAUGUAUUUUCUAAUCAUAUCAGAAAAAAUAGACAGCAUACAUCUUUGAAAUGUGGCUGGAGCAUUACACAGACCAAAAGACAUGCGUUUAAAAGCAAAAGUACCAAAUGGACAAGUGAAAGUUGUUUUUUCUUGAUCUAAAGGGUUUAUAUAAAUUUGAUUAUAACCAGAAUAUCCAUCCAGAAAACAAAAAAAGUUUUUUCCAACUAAUUUUUCUAGAAUUUGAUUAGUAAAUGGUAAGGGAAAAUGAUCUUUUCUAGUAACUGAAUUUAAUUUUCUAUAAUCAAUGCAAACUCUCCAACCGGUAGUUAGUCUUGUUUGUAUUUCAUCCCCAUUUUCAUUUUUUAUAACCGUGAUCCCUGAUUUUUUUGGCACUACUUGUGUAGGACUAACUCAUUUGCUAUCUGAAAUAGGAUAAAUAAUAUCAGCAGCCAGCCACUUUAAAAUUUCUUUUUUUACAAUUUUCAUCAUGUUAGGAUUUAAUCUUCGUUGUGGUUCCCUACUAGUUCUAGCCCCUUCCUCUAGAUAUAUACUAUGCAUGCAUACACUCAUAUCAAUGCCCCUUAGAUCAUUCAUUUUCCAACCCAUAGCCUUCUUAUUUUUUCGAAGUACAUCUAAUAAUUCUUCUUCUUAUUCAUCACUCAAAUCAGUUGCAAUAAUAGCAGGAAAUGAAUUAUAUUCCUCCAAAAACAUAUAUUUUAAACUAGAGGGAAGAGGUUUCAACUCUAAAUUCAGAUGAUCUUCCUCUUUCUUUUCUUCUAAAUUUAUAUUCUCUAUUUCCUCUAAUUCUUCUAACACACAGUCAUCAAUAACAUCUGGAUCAUCAAAAUCAUCUAGAAGAUCUAUGGUAUGAUAAUCAUAUACUUGGGAUUUCUUAAGAUCAUUUGAUACCUCAAAAAUUUUAAUUUCUACUGAUUGAUCUCCACAUGAAAUUUUCACAAUACCUGUGGGAAAAUCAAUAUUCAUCUUUGCUGUAUGCAAAAAUGGUCUCCCUAGGAUGAUUGGUGUAUGAUAAAAUUGUCAAUUAAAAUCCAUUUCCAGCACUACAAAAUCAGCUGGAAAUUUACACCCUUUAACUGUCACUAUCACAUUUUCUAAAAUACCUUUAGGAUGUUUUAUGGAUCUAUCAGCAAAUUGUAAGGUAACAGUAGAAGGUUUAAGAUCAGAAAUAUUAAAUUUAUCACAAAUACUCACAGAUAAUAAAUUAAUACUAGCACUGGUGUCAAGUAAUGUAUUCUAAAAAAUGAAUCCAUCAAUAUCACAUGAAAUUAAAGGGGCACCUGUAUCUCUCAAUUUAUAUGGUAAUUGAUUUAAUAAUAAUGCACUAGCAUGCAUAGAUAAUUUUUCUACUCUAGGUGCCCUUUUUGGUGUACACAUUUCUUUCAAAACUCUAGCAUAUUCAGGAAUAUGUUCAAUGGCAGUGAGUAAAGGAAGACUAAUUUGCACAUCUUGUAAAAUUUUCUUUAUUUCUUCAUUGUGUUCCUUUUUCUUUCUUUGUCUAGGCUCUAGAGCUUUAGGAAAUGGAAUGGUUGUCCUCUCUUUCGAAAUUUCCUUGGUAGAAUCUAUAAAAUCCUCUUCUACUCCUAUUUGAUUUUGUUUUGGUUUGUCUACGUUUUCUUUUUCUUAUAAUGUUUGGGGAUAAGGAUCAGGUAAGAUCUUACUACUCCUUAAUGCAUUCACUGUCCUAACAUUUUCAUUUCGUGGGUUUUUUCCUAGAUUCAUGCUACUAGACUCCCCUUGCUGAAAUCCUAUUGUUGGGCGGUUCCCUGAAUUUUUUAUGGGCUGACUAGGUAGCUGUCCCUCUUCUCUCUUAUUCCCAAGAGCCUCUAUAGUUUGUUUCUGGUGCAGCAUCAUUUGAUUCAUAGUUUGUUGCAUCAUUUGGCUCAUUUGCUGCAUCAUUUUCAUAGCAUCAGGUUGGAUUUGAGAGGACUGAUUUUUCUGAAAUUUGUUUUCUGGUUUUGGACGAAAUUCAGAGUUUGAAUUGGGUCUACGUACUUCUGGAUUUUGAAUAUUAUUUGGGUCUCUCUAUGAAAAAUUAUUCCUCCAAUUAGGAUUAUAAGAAUUUGAAAAAGGUUCCCUGUUUCUAUUAAAACCGUGAGCUACUUGCACUUGUUCUUGCAUAGGGUGAAAUGAUUGAUCUAAAUUAUAACAUUAAAAUUCAGAAUAAUCAUUUUCACCAUACAUAGGACAUGUACUAUUCGAAUUAAGUUGAGGGUUAAAAGGCUUUCUAAUAUUGUCAAUAAGUAAAUCAAUUAUUUCUAAUCUUUGAUUAAUCUGAUUAACCUCAUUUCUAAGUUUAGAAUCAUCAUCAUGAUGCAAUUCAUAAAUUCCUCUCUUCUUAUCCCUGUCAUAUAAUUCAAAAGAGGCUUGAUCUCUAGAACUUUCACUUAAAUUCUCAUAAAGACUGUAAAUCUCAUCAGGAGUUUUCUCUAUAAAAGCUCCUCCACAUAUAGAAUCAACUAUAUUUCUCUGUUGUUCUAAUAAUCCAUCAUAAAAAAUUCUAUUGAGCUGCCACUUGGGUAUAGCAUGAUGAGGACACUUUCUAAGUAAAUCUUUGAAUUUUUCCCAUGUCUCAUGCAAAGUUUCUCCUGGUCUUUGAGAAAAACUCCAUAUAUAUUUUCUCAUAUUUUGAGUUUUUCCUAAGGGAUAAAAUUUUCGAAGAAAAGCCUAUUCUAUAUCUUUCCAGCUAGUUAAUUCUCUAUCUAAUGUGGAUAGCCAAUGACUAGCUUUGUCCCUAAGUGUAUGAGGGAAUAAUUUCAUCUUAAUAAUUUUCGGUGUAACUUGAGGGAGAUUAACUAAAUCACAGAUCAUAUGAAAUAUUUCUAGGUGCUGAUGAGGUUCCUCUAAAGGCAAUCCAUGAAAAUUAGGGAGCAUUUGAAAAUUCCUGGAUUUAUUUUGAAUUUAACAGUGGGUGCUAAUGGGACUCUAAUAUUGGAUGCUCUUUGAAAUGAAUCAGGGAUAUAAUGAUUUUUCAUGGCCAUAGGAUUGUUCUCAGUUUGACCUGUACUUCCUUCAGGAUCCAUCAAAAUUAGUUUUUCUUUCGGAUUUUAAUUUUUCAAUGAAAUAAUGAAAGGAUUUUCUAGCCUUGGAUGCAAGGAUCUUCUACCAUGCAUAAAAAUCAAUAAAUUCGAGGGAAAAAGUUAGUAACUAUUACCCUCCUUCAGGAUGCUCCAGUCCUUGUCGUGCUUCUUUUGUUCCCUUUUUCUAAUAAAAAUUAGCAAAAAGAAAAUAAAACAAGAGUUAAGUUUUUUUGUGUACUCUAAGAGAAAAAUAGAAAAGUACUAAAUGUUAUGCAAUACAUUCCCGGCAACGGCGCCAAAAUUUGACGUGACUCAGUCGUUGUAUAUUAAAUCACGCAAAUAUAAAAUUUAUAAAACUAGAAAAUACAAAUUUUCGGAUAUUUAGAAGUAUUUCUAAAUAAAUAUAUCAAUUAUAAUUCAAUAAAACUUCCAAAAAUAGCAGUAAUUUUCCAGGUCGAUCACAGGGAUGUAAUAUAAUAUAUAGUAAUUAUUCAGACUUUUUCUCAAUGAAUACGAUUUUUUAUGAAUUUUAUACUAGGAAAUAAAAAGGAAAUAUAUUUAAAAUUCACGAGAAAGGGAAAUAAGGGCGUGGACAUCAGGGUGACGUUAGCGCCCGGCGAAUGCGAAUCGGGCGGAAACAGAGUUCCGCCCGGUGAUUCUUACGUAAGCGAUUACAAAUGAUUUAAUUGAUCAAAUUAAGAUCUGUAAAAGCCAGAAGAAUCGUAAUAGAAUAAAGUAUAUUUUGGUAAAUUAAAAACACAAAAAUUAUCACUAAAUGAAGUGUAAAGUUAAUUAAAAGCAGGAAAACAGAGUUCCGAUGUCGCGACAGCGAUGCGUCGGCGAUGCACCAGAAUUUUGAGCGUUCGGGAGGAUCGUUGUGCAGUGUCCACGGCCUCGAAGGCUCUCCUUGGACAAAGACGACAUGGGCAAUCUCUAG